GUGCGUUAAGUUUAAAUCGGCUUGAUUGACAAAGUCGCGACGUAAUGUUAGCUUUAAUGUUUAUGCUAGCUCGUUAGCCUACUGAGUGUGUUUUAUUAGCAUUCAUUAGCAAAGUGAAUGGAUUUGUAUCCGCUGUGUAGCUACCCCAGUUUAUGCUCAAGGGUUUAGCUCGCGGUUUCCAACGUAAAAAACUUGGAUAUUUAUCAGAUAGAGCCGCGAGGAACCGAGUCAACGGCCAGGGUUCUUUGGAGAAAGCGGGAAAGAGACCACACACCUGCUCUUCACCUGAGACCGACGGACCAGUAAUGGGAAGUGCAGGAUGAGUCAUCGAAAAUAUUUAAUGUUAAAUUUAGUUGUUUUUUCACUGUGCUUGCUUUUAUCUCAAAAGCUGAGGUUUUCCCCCUCAUUUUAUUCAAUUGAACUUAAAAACAUCUGUAUUUAAAAGAUAUAAAGUUUGAAAAAUAUCACAAACGGCCUCUCAAAUGCUAAAAUCUGUCAUUAUUAGCUCAAUUCCUUUUACAGGUUAACACGUGCUGGAUAUUUAAAGUAUUGUAGCAUGCUGACAUCUGCAUUUACCCAUGCUCGUUAACUCAAUACAACGUUUAGCAAGUUAGCAUGUUAGCAUAUAACAUUAUAGCAUUAGAAUGCUACGUUAGCGCUAAAAUCCAACAGAAAUGGGAAUUAGAAUAACUUCAGCCUCUGUAACGUCACAUAUUCCUAUGUGAAAUAGAAUAUGUGAACAGAACAAAGGAGAUAAAAGGUCUUUUAAACAACUAAACUGAUAUUCAAACAAAUACCUUCCAAUGAUGUAGCUCUGCUAGCUGUUGAGCCCACAGGUUUUGAUCUCCCCAAAAAUCACAUUUCACCAGAUACAUUUUUUCAUAUCUGAGGUGCAGGAUGAGUCAUCAGAUAAAUAUUUUAAUGGUUUACAUAAAAGGAGAGAGAAAAAUGCUGUUUUAACUCAAAUUGUAUUUUUUAUUCCACUGAUUGUUUAACCUAUAAGUAACGGUGAGGCUGUAGGUUAAAGGGGUUAAAAGGUCUAUUAUGUGUUUGACAAGUGGGAUUUGUAUCUUUAGGGAAUCACCGAAGUCAUUAGGAUUCAUCCUCUUUCAUGGGAAUCUGCCCAAUAGUUAUCAGAUAUGUCACUAUGUGCCACAGCUUUUAUGUAGAUGAGAAAAGACAAACUCACCUCCUCGUCCCCUUUACCUGAGAAAUUGUAUCUGUUUAGAGAAAUGACACUGUGGACAUUUCUCUGUACAAAUAAAGUGAUUUAUUGGCACUUGGGACUGAAAUUCAAUCUGUUUUUCUCAACAGAAGUAAGUGAGUGGCCUGUCCAGAGAAGCUUGACUCAAUAAUGUUUUUAUUACAGCAUCACGGACCAGGCAGGUUAACAUGAGAGAUGUGUGCGGUUUCCGAAAACAAGUCCAGCUCUUCUGGCCGGCUGCGAUGCCUUCAGACUGGGCUCGUCCCAGCACGUCAUACCCCUUGGUCCUCCGUCGAGCCGUCUGUUCCAGGAUGAAAGCCCGGCCCUGCCUCACUUCAUCCAGGAAUUAUUCAGAACCAAACGCCACUCGGUCCACGAGUUGGUGCGAGCCCAGCCUCAUCUGGUUCACGACAUGGGAUGGCCGGAGAUCCAUGAAAUAUCCCGCUCCCAGGCCCAGGUGGACUCGGCUAACUCCUCCCAGCUGAACCCACCAUCCUCUGCCAGUCAGGACGCAACCAGGACCCGAGUCGCUGUGGAUGAAAACCUGGAUGUGGAGGACGAGAUGGAGCAUAUGGUUCAUCUGGCAGCUCCCCAGGACUACAGGGGACGUCCAGACGCCGCUGACCCAGAGAUGGAGCUCUUCAGUGGGCCAGGAGCUGCAGAUGCCUCCCAGGAGGCCUCGGGCUUCUAUGGAACAGACCUGGAGGACAGAGACAGAGGAGAGGAGGGAGGAGAGGACCGAGAGAGAAGAGGAGGAGAGGACGAGUGGGAGAGGGAGGCGGGGGAGGACAGAGAGAGCAGAGGGGGAGACGAGGAGGAGAGGGAGGGAAGGAUGGACAAUCAAGAUGCUUUAGAGGCGAACCACACGACGCCAGAUCUGGAUGCUCUGAUCGGCUACAGUCCAUCUUUCCACCCCUCCACCUCCAAGCAGCCCAGCGUCUCCUCCCCAGCUGAGGUGCAUGAUUCUGGGCUACAGGAGCAUCGUGCAUCCCCCGUCCUGGAGGUGGGUCCUUUAGAGAGAGAGCUGUGGGAGGCAGAGGGGGAGGAAGAUGUUCAGUCCAGCGGUUAUGGACUCCCUCACCCUUCCAUCACAACAACUAGUACUACUUCUACUGCUGCUAUUUCUACUGCUGCUGCUGGGGGUGGAGACGCUGUAGGAACUGCCACCCCUGAGACUGACACCGGCACAGACUUUGGGCUGCUGGGAAGUUUUACAAAAGAUGAGACAGAGAAUGAAGAGGCAGAGAGGGAGGAGGAAGAGGAAGAAACAGGUCUGACACACACAGGUGUGUUCAGACAGAAUCCAACUGUACCUGAGGUGGGCAUGGCUCCCAGCAGAGAGCCUCUGCAGCCCAGCGUGGAGGAAGAGGAGGAGCUGGAGCAGGGAGAGCAGGAGUUAAAAGGAGUGAGACAGAAAGCCAGAGGUGCAGAGGUGGAGGAGGAGAAGAGGAAAAAGAUGGAGAGAGAAGGAACAAGAAUCAGACACAUUGUUCCACUCACCACAGAUCCCUCCCCGACCAUCAGCUUCACCGACUCCUCCUGGUAUUGGCUGGAAAAGACCACGCCCCUGCAGGCCCAGGGGUCAGAGGUCAGGAGCGACGGGUUCACUGACGCCUUGUUACCAGAUGUCGAAUUUGACAAGGAGGAGGCACAGCAGGUGGUGUGUGUAGACUGGAGUGAGCUGGUCGGACGUGGAUAUGUCAUCCUCAACAUGACGCAAAACUUAAACUGUGAGGAGUUUCGUAUAGACCAAGGCGUACGGUUGUUGAGGAUCAUGGAGCGAGUGUUUGCUCGGAGGAUGAACAGCCCUGAGGGAUCGUGGAUUCUCUACCUCAGCAAGCCUACACACCAACAGCACCAGCUGCUGAUGAACGUAGCAUCUGAACAUGGGGUGAUAGCUACUAAGGAUGUGCUAGGCAUGCUGGGAGAGAUCAGGAAGAGUCUGAACAAGCUGGGCAUCCAGAACUACAGUGCAGCCAGCAGUUGUCAGUCUCGCCCCAGUCAAACACGCAGCGACUACGGCAAGCUGUUUGUGGUCCUGGUGAUCAUCGGCUCCAUCUGCAUGGUCAUCAUCACGUCUGGAUUUAUUUACAUCUGCUGGCAAAGACGACUGCCUGCAACCAAGACCACGUUUCGCGCUGAGGAGCUUCACUUUGUGGAGAACGGCUGCCAUGACAACCCGAUGCUGGACGUGACCAACGACAGCCAGCCUGAGAUGCAGGAGAAGAAGCCGAGCGUCAACGGGCUCGCAGGGGGAGGAGGAGGAGGAGAAGGAGGGAAGGGAAGGGAGGACAGCAAUCGCUGGCAGGUGUUUGUCAAUCAAGCGGCGACCGAGGAGGAGGAGGAGGAGCAGGACACACAUCUCUGAUGGAGGAAGAGGAAGAGGAGACAGGUUAUGGAGGAUGGGCGAUUAUAAGUGGAGCCUUGAGGGAAGAGGAAGAAGAAACAGAAAAAACAGGAUGUCUUUGAUGGAGAGAAGAUAAAGAAAGCGGAGAAGAGAAAGAGUAGUUGAGGAGAAGGUGAUAGAGGUGUUGUCCAGUCAGUGUGAAGCUAGGACGAGGAGCGUGGAUGAGGAGUCACUGAUAUCAUCCUGAAGCUUAGACACUGAGGUAAACAUCACAAACAUGAAGUCAGUAAACUAAUGUGUCAACCUUUUGACUUCAGAUCCCUCCUUAUGUUGGAUUAUAACGUCACCAUUACAUGAAAACACCUCUGCUUAGCGUGCCUUAGGCUUUUAGCUUUUAGCAAUGUGGCUGACGAGACAAUUCAAACAUUAAACACGUCAGAGCAUAAAGCACCUUUUUCCAGCUUUAAAUACUUGAAUGUAAAAGACUGAAGUUUGGUUGUUGUUACGUGUCACAUGAAGCCAAAUGACUGGUAGCAGGAACCUGAAAUAAUUACAAACAUUCCCCCAGGCUGAAAGCAGAUAUAAGAACAAGAAGACAAGGUUUACUUUGAUUAAACUGAUUUUUAAAAACACUGGUGUUGGAGAUUAACCAAAUAAAUAUACUCAAGGCUUGUACUUAAGUACAUUACCUGAAUAUAUUCUAUUCUACUAUUUUCUUCUACAUUUCAGAAGAAAAUAACAAACAAACAAAACAAAUGACAAACAAAAAACAAUGCAUUGUUAUAGAUGAAACUACCCAACAGUGUAUAAAGUAGUUAAAAUUACUCCCACCACCAGUAACAGUGAUUAUAUAGUAAUUUGAUAACAUAAUAAAAUGCUGCUCAGUGGGAUUUUUUUUUUUUAGCAAGUACAUUUUUCUACUAAUAUUACAAUUGCUUAAGUAAUAUUUUGAAUGUAAGACUCUUACUUGUAAUGGAGUAUUUUUACCAGGUGGUAUUGUUACUUUUACUUAAGUAAAGCCAAUUACUUGUGGGCUAAAGCCAUAGCAAAGAAUCAAGAAUAUCCUACUGAGUAUUAUCAUAUGAGGCCAGUGUUUUUACCUUAGUGUCUAACUUCAGUGACUCCUCUUAGUGACUCCUCCAAACCUCCGGACAGGAAGUAAAGCCUGUAGCAACUUUGAAAGUAAGGUUUUGGCACUUUAUUGAUUCCUCUUGGAAAUAGUGACUAUCAUCGUUGAAAUGCUGCAUCAUGUUAAAUGUAUUACAUAAAGUGAUUAAAAUAUCUCUAUUUUGCUUAUAGGAAUGGUUGUAACCGCUGAGGAUGUUUACCGUUACACUCUACAACAAGUCAUGUGAUCGAUAUACUUAUGUGCUGUUAGCCUAAUACGCUUUUUUCAAUAGUGUUGGAAUGGCUGCUCUAUGCUCCGGGCUAAAUCUUGAGGCUAUGACACAUGGGCAACAUUUAGAAGCCAAAAGCAUGAAAAUAUAGCUAGUCACAAUGUUGACGUUACCGAACCCCAAGUCCAAGUCGAGCCCCAAGUCUUCAAUGUUUUAGUAUUAAAUGUUAAAGUCAGAGUCACCGAGAACAUGACCGAGUCACUACGGUCAUGUGCAGGUCACUAGUUUAAUGUCCGAAUCACCACGAUCACGUCAGAGUCACUAUGAUCCCGUCCAAGUCAGCAAGUUACUUGGGGUCACAAAGGAUAUGUCACAAUGUCACUACCAUCAUUUCCAAGUUAGUACAGUCAUGUUCAAGUCACUAUGGUCAUGUUUGAGUCAGUAUUGUCCCGUCCAUAUUACUAUAGCCUGUGUUCGAGAUACAGUGAUCAUGUCCAAGUCAGCAAGUCACUUGGAGUCACAAAGGACAUGAGCCACUGUGUCACUACAACCAUGUCCGAGUCACUAGAAUCAUGUCUGAAUGACUGUAGUCAUGUCCAAGUCACUACAAUAAUUCUCGAGUCACUGUGCUCAUGACAGUCAUUAAGGACAUGUAUGAGCCGCUGAGGCCAUACCCAAGUCACUAUGAUUGUGUCCGAGUCACUGUGGUCAAGUUCGAAUGUUGAAGUCAUUGCUGUCGUGCUGGUUAAUGAGGAGAUGUCAGAGUUGCUACAGUUAUGUUUGAGUCUGACUGAUUGAAUAAACAGAUAUUUAAGUCCAAAUUUUCCAAAAUUAAUCAAAACUGGGGACUUGUACUGGUCUCGACAAGUCCAGGUCGCCAUUCAUGAAAUACUGACCAGUAGUGACCAAACUAUUGACCAAAUAAUUUGUGAUGUUUUUGUCUGACUCUAACACGCUAGCUUACUCAAGUCACUGCUCAGGAACGGAGAUAGACAGUUGCCAGUUUUUUCAACAUCGCUUUUUUGGUUUUCAUUUAUUCAGUUUCUGACGAUGAUUUUGUUGCUGCAGCUGUCGCUCUCCCUUCCUGUUCCAGACAGUAUUGCCCAUCUGCAUUUCAUCAAGAUGUUGCCUGUGUUUCAGCUCUUUUACUCUGACUUUUCUCGAUGUAACAAUACUGUAUAUGGCUUCGCUAUAAACUACGCUGAUUGAUAUGCACCUUGUCAGCUCAGCAGGAUUAAUGGAGCGUUUGGGACAGAGUGGGGACUGAGAUCUGUCCACCCUGAAUACCUUUAAACGACUGCCUGCUACGUAGAUUAUGUUUCUAAGAGCACAAGAUACAGGCAGGACACAGUCCCCUUGUCCUCCACUGGAAGACAGAAGAGACGAGCAUGUAGCUUUCAGCAUCGCAGCGAGCAUCAAUAUAACAAAACACACAGCUUCUGUUGCUUUUAUUUGCUGAAAGCCAAAGGAGAGAAAGUUUGAGUGACAAGUUUUGUCGCUUUUUGUUGCUAGAAACCAACUGAUCAGAUUCUGAUCAUUAGUUUUCACAGAUGUUUUUCUUCUCAGAAUCUGACGGCAGCCUCAUGUAUGUUUGCAUUUGUUAGCGGUGCUAGUGCAAGUCAAUGGGCAUUCAGUUUUAGCAAAAACAAAAAAAUAAAACAAAUGACCCUUUGUAUAAAGAAAACAAGGUUAGUUUCCUGGUAAGAUUUUAAACCAGGUUUUUGUCCAACAUUUUGUUGAGCUUCAUUCAUACUGCAUAUUGUUCUUAAAAUUUAUUUCACAGAUCUUUUUUGUAUGUCUGUUUAUAUGCAUUUUUGAUUACACGUCUCACCUUUUUUGUUGUCAGUGUAAUAAGUUAAAUGUGAGAAAUAAAGUUUGGAGAAAAUAUGACUUCUUGUCAUUUCUUUGUCUGAUAACCCUGGCCUGGAUAACCGGGUCAUGGAAAUAAACAAAUAGACAUAUGACUUCUUGUGUUUGCAGGGUUCUUUUCAAACAUAAUUUUGCAUUAUGAUUCUGGAGGUAAAAGGACAGUAGGUGAGGGGUCAGUGGGAGCCACAGCAACUUUUACACUAUCAUUACUAAAUGUGUCAUGCUUAAUCCAAACUUUACUUCAGGUUUUGCUGAUGAGAUUUUUUAGGACUAAGCUUGUCUAUAAUGAUGUUAAAUGUGUUCAAAACGGGUGCAAAUAAUUGUUUUCACUACUGAUUAAUCUAAUGGAUUAUUUUCUCAAU